UCAGCCCUGAGCAGGAGUCAGUCAGCUGCCUCUGUGUGCUGCUUCACACGGCGGAUCUGUUGCUGGGAGGAGAGCGAGAGACGGAGGAACACCCUGCCCUGGUUUAUUCUCAGGCUCCCUGCUUCUUUUUAUCCCCACCCCUGACUUGAUGAUCUGCCUGCUCAAAAUUAAGAGCAAAGGCAGGAGCCUGGGGAGAAAAUAGCGUGGGACGCAGGAGACACCUGGGCAUGAAUUAGAUGGCAAUCACAGGGAAAUAUUUUUCCUAGGAAGAAAAGGAAAAACCCCACUCCUAUAAAAGAGAAAGGAUUGACAGAGCAGCUUUGUUGAAUGAGAAGGACAGAGCAGGACCCGCAGCAUGAGCACUAGCAUUCCCUAUCAACAAAACCCGUAUGGCUCCGGGGGCAGCUCCACCGUCAUCCAGUGCUACCGCUGCGGAGACACAUGUAAGGGAGAGGUGGUGCGCGUCCAGAGCAAUCACUUCCACAUCAGGUGUUUCACCUGCCAAGUGUGCGGCUGUGACCUGGCCCAAUCAGGCUUCUUCUUUAAGAACGGGGAGUACAUCUGCACCCAUGACUACCAGCAGCUCUACGGGACCCGCUGUGACAGCUGCCGCGACUUCAUCACUGGAGAGGUCAUCUCUGCCCUGGGCAGGACAUACCACCCCAAGUGCUUUGUCUGCAGCAUGUGCAGGAAGCCGUUCCCCAUUGGAGACAAAGUGACAUUCAGCGGGAAAGACUGCGUCUGCCAAGCUUGUUCCCAUUCGCUGAUCAGCUCCAAGCCUAUCAAGAUUCACGGGCCGAGCCACUGUGCAGGCUGCAAGGAGGAGAUCAAGCACGGCCAGUCGCUCCUGGCCCUGGAGAAGCAGUGGCACGUCAGCUGCUUCAAGUGCCAAACCUGCGGGAUCAUCCUGACUGGCGAGUACAUCAGCAAGGACGGCGUUCCAUACUGCGAAUCUGACUACCAUGCCCAGUUCGGCAUUAAGUGUGAGACCUGUGACCGGUACAUCAGUGGCAGGGUCUUGGAGGCAGGAGGAAAGCACUACCACCCAACCUGUGCCAGAUGCGUCCGCUGCCACCAGAUGUUCACGGAAGGGGAGGAGAUGUAUCUCACAGGUUCUGAAGUGUGGCACCCGAUCUGCAAACAGGCAGCAAGAGCAGAGAAGAAAUUGAAGCACAGAAGAACAUCAGAAACCUCCAUCUCGCCCCCUGGUUCCAGUAUUGGUUCCCCCAACCGAGUCAUCUGUGCUAAAGUGGAUAAUGAGAUCCUUAAUUACAAAGACCUGGCAGCUCUUCCCAAGAUUAAAGCCAUCUACGAGGUGCAGCGUCCCGACCUCAUUUCCUACGAGCCCUAUCACAGAUACACGUCAGAUGAGACGCUGGAGAGAUAUAGCUAUGGGGAGUCCCUUGGAACGCUGUCUCCGUAUUCUCAGGAUAUCUAUGAAAGUAUUGACAUACGGCAGAGACGGGCCUCCAGCCCGGGCUACAUCGACUCCCCCACCUACAGCCGCCAGGGCAUGUCUCCCACCAUCCCACGCUCCCCACAUCAUUACUACCGCUCAGGCACAGAGAGUGGGCGCAGCUCCCCCUACUAUAGCCAGUUAGAUGUGAGGUCUUCUACUCCAACCUCAUACCAAGCUCCCAAGCAUUUCCACAUUCCAGCUGCCGGAGAGAGUAACAUCUACCGGAAACCCCCCAUCUAUAAACGACACGCUACGAAAAGCAAAACCAGCGAAGACAUUGCACAAUCCUCCAAAUACAGCCCAGCCUAUUCCCCGGACCCGUACUACCACUCGGAGUCCGAGUACUGGCCUUUCCAAAGUUCGCCCAAAGCACCGCGAGCCCGCAGAUUCUCAUCAGGGGGAGAAGAGGAUGGGUUUGACCGGGGGAUGCACAAGAUCCAGAGCGGCAUCGGCAGGUUGAUCCUGAAGGAAGAGAUGAAGGCACGAUCCAAUUCUUACGCUGACCCCUGGACGCCGCCCCGCAGCUCAGCCGGCAGCAGAGAGGCCCUGCACACAGUCGGCUACGAGAGCUCACUGAACGGCUCUCCCCGGACACAUUACCUGGCUGACAGUGAUCCCCUCAUUUCGAAAUCUGCAUCCCUCCCUGCCUACAGAAGGAACGGGCUGCACAGGCCUCCCAGUGCUGAACUCUUCCACUACGACAGCACAAACGCCGUCAACUGGGGGAUGCGAGAAUACAAGAUAUACCCCUACGAGCUGCUCAUGGUGACCACCAGGGGGAGGAACCAGCUGCCCAAAGAUGUGGACAGGACUCGGUUAGAGCGCCACCUGUCACAGGACGAGUUCUAUCAGAUCUUCAGCAUGACCAUUGCAGAGUUCGACCGCCUGGCCCUGUGGAAGAGGAACGAGCUGAAGAAGCAGGCACGGCUGUUUUAAACGCAAUACACUAUAAAUAUAUACAUACCUAUAAAUAUAUAUAUAUAUAUAUAGAAAGAUCUCUAUAUUGAAGCUCUGUAUAACUCUCUCUAUUGUACAAUAGGAGGCACGGCCACUCUCUUUGGAACUCCGUAGAGUGAAUUGAAGUCUCUCCGAUAUUUUUAUGCUCUUUGUUUCCUUUAUGUUCUUUUUUUAUUCUAAUGCGAUUGGGGGUGGGGUGUGAGACUGUUUAUGUAUUGAACCUUCUGGAGUUUCAGGCCA